UCUCUCUCUGUCUCUCUCUCUCUGUCUCUCUCUGUCUCUCUCUCUCUGUCUCUCUCUCUCUCUCGCUGCAGCGGCCGACAGCUACAAACAACCAGAACACACACCAGAACCAGGACCAGAACCAGGACCAGAACCAGGACCAGGACCAGGACCAGGUCCAGAAGCAAGACCGGGACCGGACCGGACCGGGACACAGGGAACCAGAUCUAGAACCGGAACCAGAACCAGAAGGAUACGGAGAAGGAGACCGACAGGAACCAUGACAGAAAACACCAAAACGCACGUCAUCCUGCUGUCCUGCGGCAGCUUCAACCCAGUCACCAAGGGACACAUCCAUAUGUUCGAAAAAGCCAGAGAAUAUCUGCACAAAACGGGUCGCUUCAUCGUGAUCGGAGGAAUCAUCUCACCGGUGCACGACUCCUACGGAAAACCUGGUUUAGUGCCCAGCAGACAUCGUCUCACCAUGUGUCAGCUGGCUGUCCAGUCCUCUGAUUGGAUCAGGGUGGACCCCUGGGAGUGUUACCAGGACACCUGGCAGACGACCUGCAGCGUGCUGGAGCAUCACCGCGACCUGAUGAAGAGAGUCACCGGCUGCAUCCUGUCCAACGUCAACACGCCAUCGACAACUCCUGUGAUUGGUCAGCCACAGAACCAGACUCCACCCAUCUACCAGAACCACAACAACAUGAAUCACAAGCCCACAGCCAUCAAAAUGUGGGGGAAGGUCAGUGAGAGUUUGGGGAAGAUCUGCUGCGUCCGUCCUCACAUCGAUCGCUUCACCUUCGUCGAUGAAAACGCUAACCUGGGGACUGCGAUGAGAUACGAGGAGAUCGAGUUACGCAUCUUGCUCCUGUGUGGCAGUGAUCUCCUGGAGUCCUUCUGCAUCCCUGGUCUGUGGAAGGACAGUGAUAUGGAGGUGAUCGUGGGGGACUUUGGGAUCGUGGUGGUUCCUCGUGAUGGCGCCGACACAGAGAGGAUCAUGAAUCACUCCUCCAUUCUCCGCAAGUUCAUGGACAACAUCACCGUGGUGAAAGACGGGAUGAGCCACCCGAUGUCCAUCGUCAGCUCAACCAAGAGCAGACUGGCCCUGCAGCACGGUGACGGCCAUGUUGUGGACUACCUGAGUCAGCCCGUCAUCGACUACAUCCUGCAGAGUCAGCUGUACAUCAACGCCUCCGGAUAGACACAACAACCUGCCCGCAUGACAACAGGAAGUACGGGGUUUGGGGCGGGGGGGUACCUACACCCACCAUCAUCUAUAUGAAUAUACCCCCCCCCCUCCCAGACAAACCAACUAACUAACUUCCCUCUCUGUCUUCUGUGUCAAACAUAUACUCUUCUUUGAGCUUUCUGGAGCGUUAGUGUCCCUCCUUCUGUUUGAGUCAUGUGACGUUACCAAUGGGGGGGGGUGGGGGAGGGUGAUGUAGAGCAGGUAUGGAGGUAAAAUCUCUAAAAGGGCUGCUGAAGUGUAUUUUUCCACUGCGAUGGUGACGGCGGCGUUUUCUCUGUUUGUUAUCUGUCUUUAUUAAAGUGUUGGGGGUGCAUGACACACAGCCAGGCAUGCUCAGUGUCCCCGGGGCAGAUGGGAAAAAAAACAAAAACUUGCGUUUAGCUAAAAGGCGACGGGGCUUCACGCACGACAAACAGAUUCGUUGGGAAAAGUUUAAAAAU